AUGCCGUCAGGUAUCAGCAAGCGCCAGCAGGCGCGGAAUGAAAAGACCCUUGCGGAACUGAUCCGGACCGUUCCUGGCAAUGACCGAUGUGCCGAUUGCGAUGCCUUGACCCCAGGAUGGGCAAGCUGGAACAUGGGUAUCUUCCUUUGCAUGCGUUGCGCCGCUUUGCACCGAAAGUUGGGCACACAUAUUUCCAAGGUCAAGUCAUUGAGUAUGGACACCUGGACCUCAGAGCAGGUUGAUAACAUGAAAUCGCAUGGCAACCUCCUCAUGAACAAGAUCUAUAACCCGAAAGGCACCAAGCCGGCCAUCCCUACCGACGUCGACGAGGCCGAUGCGUGCAUGGAGAGAUUUAUCAGACAGAAGUAUCAACACCGUUCAUUGGAAAACGGGAAACCUAAGCCCCCCAGCCGAGAGGAUUCGAGUUACUCCAACCUCAGAGCCAUGUCGCCCGUGGAGUCAAGGAUACCAAAGGACUACAACAUAUCCCCAGAGGGAUCCCCUCCUCCACUUCCGCCCAAGACUGGCAAAUUCUUUAAGUUCGGUCUUCGGUCGUCAUCCUCCACUUCGAACCUUCGCCGAUUCGGCAGUAGCAAGCCAAAGGUUACGUCGCCUACUUCGGACAAUGGAGCUUGGUCACCACCACUGCCAACGAGGAAGACUACGGGUCUCGGCGCACCUGUUGCCGAUGUGACAACGGCAUCUUUUGAAGCUAAAAUGGCGGCAUUGCAGGAGAUGGGAUUCACAAAUGACCGACGGAACGAAAUGGUACUCAAGGGACUGCAUGAAGACUUGGACCGAGCUGUUGAAACCCUAAUCCGAUUGGGUGAAGGGAGCACCCCCGUUUCGAGGUCGAGGACUCCAGCUGGUGCAUCCGCACGCGCGGUGACGCCGAAACCCGAGACCUCCAAACAACUCCCGAAGACAUCUGACAGCUCAUUCCCUGAUAUGCCUUCGAACAAUCCAUUUGACCGGGCAGUCUCAAACCCCGUACCCCAGCAAACCCAGACCGCUUCAUACAACCCAUUCGAUCGUCCAAACCAGAUGCAAGCAUCUGCGCAACCAUUAGAAUCCUCUUUCCAAAACCUGCAGGUUUCCCAGCCGUUAUUCCCGCACUCUACUGGUGGAUAUCCGAACCAGGCAAGUUCUGUGCAGCAGUAUGCAUACCAGCAGCCUCUUACGCCCCAAAUGGCAUCAACCUUCUCUCAGUCGCUCUAUGUUGCAUCUCCCCAGCCAAUGGACAACAGCUAUAAUCCAUUCGACCAGCCAGUACCGCAGCAGCAGCAGCAGCAGCAGCCACAGCCGCAGGGCGGCUUGGCCAGUCAGUCUUACCCCAAUCCCAGUGCGCCGCAGACGAACCCUUUCUUCAACGCUGCAUCGCAGAGCCAAACCAUGCAGCCGCACGCACAGCAAAUGGGUCCCUCGGCGCCGACACUUGGUGCAGCAAACACCCCUCAACAUGCGAAUACCAUGCCAAUGCCUUCUACCUCACCGUUUGGUGCCUCGCCAUUUGGAUCUGCUCCUUUCCAAGGACAGCAGCAGCAGCAACAACAGACGCAACAGCAGGCGCCGAAUUCUGCUCUCGGGUCUUACAACCCCUUCCAGCAGGGGCCGACGGUAAACAUCCCACAAAGCACUAGUGGCUUCCCUGGUCAAUUGCAGUCGAACUUGCAACCCCAGCAACCGCAACAUCUCAUGCCCCAACCCACAGGGCAAAUGGACAAAAACAGCAUUCUUUCAUUGUACAAUAUGGGCCCCGCACAGUCUAAUAUCCCACCUGUCCCUCAGCAGACCCAGCAACAUCAGCAACAUCAGCAAUACCAGCAAUCCCAAGUACAACCUACCACGGGGAUGAAUUCAUUCCCCCAACCAACAAACCCAUACGCCUCCAUGACUCAAAACCAGCAGGGCACAAAUACCCAGCAACAAAACCAAACUCAUCAAUACUUUCAGCCCCCAAACCCGGCUGCUAAUGCCCAGCCCGCCACAACCAACAAUCCAUUCUUUGGUACCGCCUCCGCAGGAGCACCCGCCGCCCCUUCGACAGGGGCUGGCUCCGGACUUGCCGCCCAAGCCGGCAUCAACCCAUACCAGCAGCAACAGCAAUCUCCAGGGCUAGGAAUUGGCGGCAUCAAUGGCCAAAACGGAACAGCCAGCGUUGGCCCGGGAGCGAACACCUCCCCAUUCGCGGGACAAAAUGCAUCCCCCUUCCCGGGCAUGGCUCCUCCAUUCGCAAGCACAAACAAGUCUCCCUUCUCCGGCCCGCCUCCUGCAACCUCGGCCUUUAGAGGAACACACAUGAGCCAGCCGAGUGUGGACGUGAGUGGGCUGCAGAACGGUCGACACAGCCCUGAUGCUUUCGCCAGUCUGAGUGCUCGGUAUGGUUAA